GAUAUUUUACUACAAAUAGAAAAGCUACAAAGAAUAAAAAAAAAAUUAAUAUGUGAAAAAAUAAAAAAAAUUUGUCAAAAAUGUCUAUGAACACUAAUAAUUCAAAUUUUAAUACAAUUGUUCAACAAUUAAAUGAUCGUGCACAAGUCCAGUUGCAACAAUCACAUGGACGACCUGUUAGUUUUUAUGAUAAUUAUCGUGUAAAUAUUAACAAUAAUACUAAUAAUAAUAAUGGUGUCAAUGGUACAGCAACGCUAAAUGGUUAUCCAUCAUAUGUACAACCUAGUGCACCGCUAGUACAACCAGAAGAUGAUGUAGAUGAUAAUGAUGAUGUAAAUAAUGAAAAUGAUAAUAUUAGUGAGAGAAAUGAUAAUAAUAAAUUUAAUAAUCUAAAUGGUGAUAAAAAUUAUUUAAUUAAUAAAACACAUUCGCGUUCACAAUCAGUGUUAAGUAGUCAUUCACAGCCGCCUCAACAGCCGUCCUUAGCGUAUUGUUUGAAUACGACGGUACCCCAGAAUAUAGCGGCAUCAACGAUAGCGGGACGACAUGCACCAACACGUAAUAGUUUACGACAUAGUCGUAUGAUUGUUAUGAAUCGUAGUGGAAAAGCCGAAAAAUACAAACGAAAAGGACUACUAAUACAACAUCAAGGUUUAGGACGCGCAUUGGUAGGAAUUCAAACAUUAUUAGGAUCAAUUUUAUGUAUAGUAGCUUUAUGGUUAUUGUUAUGGGCACCAAAUUUACCAAGAAAAGACAACUCAUAUUGGAGUGCGUUACCUCUUUUAGUAUCUGGAAUUAUUGGAUUAUUAUUAAUAGGAUGUUGUAAACAUAAAACAUACAAAAAUGUAAAACAUACAUGUGCACAAUCUUCAAAGAUUUUAAGUGUAUUUUUAACUUUAGUAGCUGGUUUUGCUUGUAUUGCGGCAACCGUAUUCGCAAUAAUACAUAUAGUAACACUUUCCCAAAUGAUUUGUGAACCAGAGUUUACAUUAAAUACAACAUGUGUGUGUCGAUCAGCAUCCAUACAAAAGAAUGUAACAUCAACAUCAUUACUUUCUCCGUCCGUUUAUUUUCAUUAUAUUGAUUUAAGUUGUCCAGAAGUCGAUGGUAUUUUAACAUAUAUUUUAAUAUUUUCAGCAACCGCAAAUUGUAUUGGAAUUAUUGUUACAUUUACUUAUUUAUAUAUUCAUUGGAAAAGUCGAUACUUGUACAGUUAUUCAAGUGUUUUAACUAACGAUAAUAGUAAUUCGAUAUGUAAUAAUACUUGAAUA